UAGUAUGGUUGCCCGACGACCUAUGAUAAGAUCGUUUUAAACUGGAAACCAAAUUAAAUAACCAGAACAGCUGGAAAAUUGACCACUAGCGCUUGCGACAUGAUGUGUGCCAAUAUAGAAGCAGAAUUUACGAGCUUAUUAUUUUUUCCCGCGCUUUACUAAUAUCAAAUAUGUACCUAUUACCACAGUAAUACAGAAUAAAUCUAUUAUGUGAUAUUAUUCUCAAUUCUCAUAGAUCCCUAUAAAAACCACGAUUUAAAUAAUGAUAAAUAUUCCACUAUACAAUUAUAAUAACUAUCUAUUAUCUUAGUAAAUAGAUUUAUCGUCCAUGAUAAAUACAAAUUUACAUCUUGACAAGAUAUAACAAAAAUGUUAUUAUUCAUAAAGUUUUAAUAUAUUAUGCUUAAUUUUGUUGAAAUUAUUUAAUUGUUUGUCGUGUUGUAAUGUCGUGUUGUAUACCUAAUUGUCCUUCACAUGACAAAUAUGCAAAGAUUAGUUCCUUCAAAGUUCCAUUGAAUAUUGUCUUACGGUCUGAAUGGGAAAAUGUCUUGGGUAUUCCUUUAAGUAAUAAUUCUCGUGUUUGUCGUAACCAUUUUAAGACACAUGAUGUAAUAGACACAUGGGAAUCUGGAAAUGGAAUAAAUAAAUACACGGUGUGUCUAAAAAGACCUAGACUUAGAGAUGGAGCUAUUCCAGUGAAUUUAUAUAUUGUUAACAAUAAUGAGUCGAAUAUUUUGGUAAGAAUUUAUAACUAAAUAACGUUAUGAUAAGUUAAAUAAUAAUAUAACAACAUAAACUCUAAGCAUUUUUGUACCUAGUACCUAAACCUAACUAAUUUAUACAAUA